AUGGCGGCCAUACCCCCAUCGAUGCGCGCGAUGGUCCAUCGCUGGCCGGGUUCGCCGUCCAAAGUUUUAUCAUUAGAAGAUGCAUCAGUUCCAUCUCUACCGUCAGAAACAUCAGUUCUCGUCCGUGUUUCCCACGUGGCGCUGCACCCGGGAACUGUCAUUAUGAUGCACCUCGUCCCCUCGCUGUUCCGCCGCUUUCCCGCUAUUGCGGAAACCGACUUUUCUGGAGUUGUUGUCAAAACUGGGUCGCAGGUUUUAACAGGGCCGGAACCUUGCACUCGCCAUUUUCCGGUUGGGACGCCGGUUUUUGGCUCUUUUCAGGUCCCCGUACAUCUACGCAGUGGCCAGGGAGCACUGGGGGAGUAUGUCGCUGUCGACUCGUCUUGCGUUGCCCGGGUGCCGAAUGGCGUCUCUUAUGCAGAGGCCUCUGCCUUGAGUGUCUCGCUCUACACUGCGAUAACGCUGGUCGAUUCCGUGAAGCUUCCCCCGAAAUCUGCCAUGCUCAUCAACGCACCUUGUGGCGGAGUAGGGAGUUUUGCAACGCAACUACUUCGACAUCGCUACCCAGAGGGACGCAUCGUGGGUAUAUGCUCAGAGGCAAAACAAUCCCUCGCGAAGGAGCUCGGCUGCGACGAAGUGGUUGAUUACAAGUCUUUCUCGAACAGCGAACACUGGAGCCUUACGCAGUAUUUGAAAUCACGCUAUGGCAAUGAGAGUAAAUUUGAUGCUAUUUUCGACGCAUAUGGCAGCCAAGAGCUUUGGGAAGCCUGCUCGGGCUAUCUCAAAAGUGGUCGUGAUCAUGUUUAUGCAACCGUCGGGCCUAAAGUCGGCUGCGCAUAUUCCGCCAUACCUGGUUUCUUCUGGAAGGUUAUGAAGAAUACUCUAUUGCCAAGCUGGCUGGGCGGGGUUCCCAGAACGUAUAGACAGAUAUCCGCGUUUCUGGAUGCCGAUGCCCUUGAAAAGUGUCGCGAAGUUGUAUUGGACGGCGCGGUGAAGGCUCAUGUGGGCGGAGUCUGGGAGUUGGAGAAAGCCACGCUCGCAUACGAUCAGUUUACUGGGGGACACGCGGGGGGGAAGCUGGUCAUAAAGGUUUGGGAGCCGGAACCCCCUGCGUCAGAUUCUUAG